AUGCGAUGCGCGAGCAAGGCCGCCGAGAGCGCGUCUGCACGUCUCUGUGCAGACGCCGAAGCAGAAACCACAGCAACUGAUGUGUCAUCGGUUGCUGAAGCGACUCAGCCUGUGUCACCUGGUGAUGCAGGCGCUGGUCAUGAAGACACUCGUGUCUUCACAGAGUACGAGCUCGGUGUCUCGUACUCUCCUGAUACGGAUGACGGAUCCGUAUCGACGGCGAUCGAAUCCAAGCCGCCUGCCAAGCGUGGCAUGGACGAUGCUUUGCGUCGCAGCAUCUUUGGUUCAUCUGACGAAUCAGAUGAGCCAUCGCCGAAGCGAAGGCGCUCGAGGUCGCGAGACUCGGGCGCUAAUAGUGGUGUCGGUUCUCCUAUGGACACCACUUUACAGCGAGGUGCCAGUACUUCUGUCGGCACGUUGCAGGAAGAGCGGGACCGCAAUGUCUUGCGUCUCGCUCCAGAAAAGAAGGCAUGA